AUGACGUCUGCUGAUCUGGGGAAGGAGCUGGAAUGUUCCAUCUGUCUGAACAUUUAUACAGAUCCUAUAACCCUGAGAUGUGGACACAACUCAGCGAUGGCGUCUUCUGAUCUGAGAGCUGAGCUGGAAUGUUCCGUCUGUCUGAACAUUUAUAAAGACCCUGUAACCCUAAAAUGUGGACACAACUUCUGCCGGGAUUGUAUUGGUCGUGUGCUGGAUACACAGGAGGGGUCUGGAGGUUAUUCCUGUCCUGAAUGCAGAGAAGAGUUCCAGAAGCAGCCUGCACUGCAGAGGAACAUAACACUAAGUAACAUAGUGGAGAAUUUCCUGUCUGCUCAGCCAGAUCAGAAGGAGACCGGGGUCUUCUGUACUUACUGUAUUCACACUCCUGUACCUGCUGUGAAAUCCUGUCUGAUGUGUGAAGCUUCUCUGUGUGACAACCACCUGAGAGUCCACAGCAAGGCACCAGAACACGUCUUAUGUGACCUCACCACUUCCCUGGAGAACAUGAAAUGCUCCGUCCAUAAGAAGAUCCUGGAGUAUUACUGCACUGAGGACUCUGCCUGUAUCUGUGUGUCCUGCAGUUUGGCCGGAGAACAUCGGGGACAUCAGGUGGAGACUCUGGAUGAGGCCUCUGAGAAGAAGAAGAAGAAAUGGAGAAAGGCUCUGCAGAAACUGAUGACAGAGAGAGAGGAGACGGAGAAAAGAGUCCAGAGUCUGGAGGAACACAGGAGGAAAGUACAAGGAGAAGCAGCUGGUGAAACAGAGAGAGUCACUGCCCUGCUCAGAGACCUCAGGAGACGUCUGGAGGACCUGGAGAAGAGAGUCCUGAGUGACAUCUCCGGGCAGGCAGAGCGGACCUCCCUCUAUGUGACGGAUAUGAUCCGGGAGCUGGAAAUAAAGAAGGAUGAGCUGUACAGUAAGAUGCGUCACAUUGAGGAGCUGUGUAACAUGAUGGAUCCACUGACUGUCUUACAGGAAUCAGACACAGGUGACUUGUGUGAUACUGAGGAUGGAGAUGAUGAGGACAGAGAGAGACAUGAUAGACUCCUCCAUGAUGGAGGGGAUCUGGAUGUGGCUGGGAUCUCACACACAUUACACACAGGUAUAUCUGAUAUCAUGUCUGGGCAAACAUCGGGGGUGUGGGAGGUUACAGACAUAUUACUGGAUGUGAGCACAGCUGGUAAUAAUCUACGAAUAUCACAUGGCAAGAAAACUGCAACCUGGUUACGUAAAAGUCUGAAUCGUCUACAAACUCUAGAGAGAUUUCUGUGUCCUCAGGUGUUGAGCAUUAAGAGUUUCUCUUCAGGACGACAUUACUGGGAAGUGGAUGUCGGGGGUUCAGUGUGGUGGAGAGUCGGGAUGUGUUACCCCAGUAUAGGCAGGAUAGGUCAGUCAGAGAUUGGAGAUAAUAAGAAGUCCUGGGGUAUGGAGAGGAAUCAUACUCAGUACUCAGUGAUACAUGACAGGAUGAAAAUCUCAUUACUUGGCAAUGUCCCCAGUAACAGAUUCAGGAUAGAUCUGGAUUAUGAGGCCGGGCGGAUCUCCUUUUAUGAUCUGUGUGACCCGAUCCGACUCCUCCACACCUUCACCACCACCUUCACUGAGCCCCUCCAUGCCGGGUUAUGGGUAGGGGUAGGUUCCUGUAUGAAGAUAUGUGGGGGGAAUCAGAUGUGAGAAAUCUGACCAGACACUGGUGACAUCACAGGGUGGAGAAUCUGAUUGGUGGAAUACUCAGUCAAUAGGAGGAAGCAGUGGACAGGAAAUGGCAUUACUGAUUUAUAAGGCUCUGCAGGCUCCGGGGCUGUCAUCUUC